CUUUCAUACCAAGGUAGGAACGAAAAAUACCAAACCACUUUCUGUGCGGUGGUUUGUUCGAAACAACAUUUGUUCUACCCUAAAAAAAGGCAGACGAUGCGAGCGAUUUCAAUUUUGCCCUAGUUGUCAACAUCGUCAUCACGUUGAACUCGGUUCCCGCCGCCGCAUAGGAAGGACCGAUACGCCAUUGGGCGCCACGAUUCGCCUGCCGAGUGUCGCGACGAAAGCCAUACGUACGGUCUCCGCCAACAACCCAAUUGUCUCCCAAUCCAUCAUAUGCUCCCAGCGAACAUCAUAAGUCACGAGACGGGCUAGAGUCGGGCCAGUCUUGUCACCCUGCGACCGUCCUCCGUCCACCCCGAGACGACCCAAAACACGUCGAGCUACAUGCCUAAGUCGGAGAGUCACGCCGUUUCCGCCAGUACCUUGGCCGAGCCAUCGCAUCUGCCCCCGGCAAAACCACACCCGCAACGUUUACGUCCGACGUUGGUCGCUCUCGAUCAAGCUAUAGUUCCGCCAUUUUGAGAGUGAACCCGGGCCUCAGGGCAUUAUACUGCCCAGAAGCUCCAGCGAGACGGAGUAAUGCAGUCGGCCAGGGCAAAGCCCGACCCGGGAAGGAAGGCAAAGCUUGCCAACUCUUACCAGGCACUUCUCGAUGAAUUCUCUAACAAGGAGCUCAAGACGGUGGGCAACUACGCACUUGGUCGACUGAUAGGCAAAGGCUCCUUCGGAAAGGUCUAUCUUGCCUCGCACAAACUCAUUAACGGGUCCAAGGUUGUACUCAAGUCGGCCAAGAAGGAUGAUUCAAAUCUCGCCCGUGAGAUACACCACCACCGGCAAUUUGUGCACCCGCACAUUGCGCGACUAUACGAGGUUAUUGUUACCGAAACAAUGGUCUGGCUGGUUCUCGAAUACUGCCCUGGCGACGAACUUUACAACUAUCUACUCAAGCAUGGGAAGCUGCCGGUGACAAAGGUCCAGAAAACCUUCACCCAGCUCGUCGGUGCCGUCACAUAUGUUCACAUGCAAUCUUGUGUACACCGCGACCUGAAGCUUGAGAAUAUCCUACUGGACAAACACGAGAAUGUCAAGCUGGUAGAUUUUGGCUUCACUAGAGAGUACGAGGGCAAAUCGAACCAUUUACAGACCUUCUGCGGGACUAUAUGCUAUUCUGCGCCCGAGAUGUUGAAGGGAGAAAAGUACGCAGGCGAGAAGGUUGAUGUUUGGAGUCUUGGCGUCAUCCUAUAUGCUCUUUUGUGCGGAGAGCUCCCAUUCGACGAAGACGACGAUAACGACACACGCCGUCGUAUUCUAUCAGAAGAGCCGAAAUACCCCGAUCAUAUUCCUCCAGAUGCGCUAUCACUCCUCCAAUCUCUGCUAUCAAAAAGACCUCUGCGACGACCGGAGCUUGGCGAAAUUCUGAAUCAUCCCUUCCUCGCCGACCAUGCUCCCAACCAACUGACGAUCCUGCAGGCGCAGCAGCCCGCCCCUUUUUCGACAGCUCUGGACAAGGAUGUACUGCAGCGCAUGCGCAGCGCUGGUGUCAACAUGGAUGCUGUCAUCGAGUCUGUCCUCUCCCAGAGAUGCGACUCGCUCGCCGGGUGGUGGACCCUCCUCACAGAAAAGGAGCAAAGGAAGAUGUUGCGAAGAGAAAGGAAGCGCAAGGAGAAGGAGGAAAACCGCAUAUCACGUCGCUUGUCGACCACCUCCAGUAGGCUUGAGCGUCUCGCUACUGUUGGGGAAGAAUGGACGGGCUCUGGUAGUCAGUUUGUCAAGCUUGGCGACCCGCCCCCGCCGAGGACCAGGGGCAGGACAGAGCGCAGAAGUGCACACUAUCCGGACCUUCGCAUCCCAGAUUUUCCCGGCCUCAAGGAUGUGAACAAUUUAAAUGCAGGUUUAAGUCCCGACGGCGAAGUACCUCCACCACCAAUCGACAAAGAUUCCAUUAGGUCGGCAAGUUCUUCACGUCACAGACGGCCGAUCCCUCCCCCGAAAGAGGGUGUCCUGCGAAGCGCGCGGUCUAGAGGGUCAACACUCCACUUGGUGACGACGAGCGACGCCUUUGGAGGAAGCAGCGGUGGAUCAGUUGGGGUUGGUGAAGAAGGCUCACAAGGCCAAGGGGGGUCACAACAGAAGGUGAGGAAGAAGCCUUCACAGGUCAUCGUGGCACACUGGAGGAACUGGACCCAUUGGAUCAUCGAGAACACGAGACGCAACAGGCAUUCGGGCCGGAGAGGAAGUCAUUCCACACCGAAUUUGCUAGAAAGGGUUGGCAAGUCUGGGAACAAGGAAGCCAAGUCCAAGGAUGCCAGUCCUAGACCACAAACUAGCAAAUACCCGGCGACGGCCAGCUCAUCCUCGCAAACCAACGUAUCUGGGCUUCCCAAGGGCGUGGUAGCCAACGGUUUUGCUUCCAAGACUACUGCUUCUGGGGCGCUAGCAUCACCAACCGGUGCUACUACCUCGGGCCCAACCGUGCCGCCAAUUCUUACUGCUCCAACCAACAACUACCCGCAUCAACGGGUUGUCAGCGGCGGAAGCGGAUCUGCGGCUUAUAAGAGACAGUCACUCUCCCCGUCACCACUCACGCCUCGCACGGCACUUAGAAGGUCGUCGGCAGGCACGGCGGGACUCCGUGGCCGCAAAUCUACCUCUUCAUCUGUCUCAUCGGUGCGUUCUAUGCACCACCAUCAUCACUCUCACUCUAAAGCCAGCUCUACCAGCUCCAACGGAUCUGUGUCUACCAACAUGUCCAAGGCCACUAUGCACGCGACGCGGUCACCUCACCAUUCGGUCAAAGUUCUCCCGGCUACGCCGACAAUGUCUGGCUUUCCAAGUAAUAUCCGGCUCGUUCGAGGAGGCCCCAAUGACGCCAUGUCGGGCGGUCCAUCGAUGCAGCCGCCGGGAUCCCCGAAUCCCUUUGGAAUAGGGUCGUCCGUGACAUUUGCCAAGCGGAAGCGUAACCUCUUCAAGGGACCGAUGCUCGCCUUUGGCGGCAACAACGGCAGUGGUACAAGGAGUUCGAGUGCCGGGUCACACUCCCGGUCUGCCAGUGCCAGCGGACUAGGACGAAGGAGUGGCGAGAUCACGAUCCAAGAGGAGAACGAGGAGGACUUUGCGUCGGGAAAUGAUGAUAUCGAAGAGGUUGAGUCUUUCACGCCUGUCAUCCGUCGGCCUGGUGAGCGGGUCGAGGAGAUUUUUGAAGAAGAUGAAGCAGGUGAAAAGCCCGACGACAAGGGCAACAGCGUCGUCGAGGAGGCCAUGUGUAAUCACGGCAAGGAAGGGUGCGAUCCGACGGUGACGCAGCCCAUCAGCCCUAUCUCGCUCAGCGCACCAACUUUGGGUGAUGGCGAGCGAAGGGAUCUCCGCUGAUUUUACGAAUGUAACGACUACGGGUGUUUUAAUCUGCGCAUAGCGCCCUUCUUUUUGUUUCUUUUUUUCUUCUUCUUCUUUGUUUUUGCUGGUUAUAGAAUCCGGCUCGCGUGUAUACAGCGCAAAACCUUUUUGCUUUAUGGAUAUCCCCUGGUGAGCGUUCUUGGUAUUGUCACACAAUUGGACUUUGCUACCUCCGGCUUGCUUUAGAUAGCCGCCACUUUUUUUUGUCAAAUAUUUCAGCAAAUAACUUGUUCACUGCACCUGAGUACCUUUGUAUGCAAGUUUGAACUUCAUGUUUCUAUCAUGUCUUUUUCUUUUAAGAUACCUUAAGACUAUUUCCUGCCCGUUUCACUAUUUGCUCAAGCAGAGCCGGUCCUUCUGGUGUUUCCCCUUGUUUCAGAUCGUUCACAUUGCAUCCGGCUAUACUUUCACCCAUACUCAAGAGGUCCCUUGUAGAUAGCUGUGGCGCGGUGGUCAUGCUUUUGUUGGUCUGUGGAUUUGAGGCAUCGGCAGCAGCCGAAUACAUUCUCCUGAAAAGACCCCGCCGCCCUCCUUCUAUCUUGGCAAUUGUGUCCUUGCUGACGCAUAGACCAACAUCAAAAGGCUUCAGAGCUGGUUCGCCGAGCACGGCCAGAGCGCUCAGUCCGAAGUAGGCAUGGUAGACAUCCGGAGGCCCGCCCGGGUGCUUGCUAAACCCACCAAUCAUAUGUUGAGUCUUCUCCAUCAAGAACCGGCGAGCCGACUCUUGGGCCAUGGAUACAUCAACACCCUCGGAGCUGUGCAUUUGCUUGAGGAUAUCUGCAGUCCCGCACACCCACCAACAGUAGCAUGUGUCGGCGACUUUAUUGACUCGACCGUUGAAACCGACAAAUGGUGGGUAUUCGUCGUUGAGAGACAAGCGUGAUAGCGAAUCUGGUUGGAAAAAGUUCUCCUCGUCCUCAUCGUCGUCGGAGGGCGCAUCUGUGUAUUCGAAUUGCCGAGAUGCAAGGAAAUGGAGUAUGUAAGGUAUGUCUAUAGAGGAGUCAUGAGGUCCCGGUUGCGGUUCCGCUUCGUUGCCUUCGAGAGGUCUGCCAAGGAGUGAAAGUGCGCUUACGGCGCAAUAUGCGUAGCCGGCAUGGCUCUCGUGCAUGGAGCUCUCUGCGACGCCACCGUCAAAGGUCUGGCCUGCACGAAUGUGACGCACGAGAGCUUCGACAUCGAUAUCCUCGACCCACCCGGGAUCUUCGGGCUGCACGUCACCGCGCAGUAUCCAACGUAUUAUGGCGGCCAGGUAACAGUAUCGCAUGUCCCGUCCACCUGCAAUUGUCUCGGUAACCGACCCGGAUACUUUGUCGUUUUCGCCAUGUGAGUCGAUGUUCGGAAUGUCAACAAGCACUUCUCCAAAACUUCCGUCGGGGCGCUGCAGCUUCUUUAGCCAGCGAAGUGUGGCGACGCGAUCGACGCCAUAGAAGGCUGCUUCUCCCGAGACGUCGUCGGCCAGGAGGGCAAGAAGGAGCAGCGCAAACGCCGUGGCUGCUAUGUUAGAGCAGCUGGAGUUUCCGGGCUCGGUGCGCAGUGAUCCAAAAUCCCAGCCGUCAUACUCGUGCGGAGGUAGUGUGUGCGUGGUCGAGCCAGCGAAGCCGCCGGCGGUAUGUUGGCACGACAGCACCCAUUCGCGGAAGUUGGAUCGGUCUGUGGAGGAGAUGGUGGAAGUGUUCUUGUUGUUCUUGGCAUCGGCGGAGGUAGCGUUUUGGGUAAGGAGAUCGAUGCCGGAUAUGAUGAAGAAGCCUAGGGCCAUGCGGGUGCUGUCAUUGCUCGUGUACUGCUGGGGCAGCAGGGUUCGCAUGCAUCUUGUAAAGUACCGGAGAUGCCUUGCUACGUCCAGACUGCCAUUGCCCUGCUCCUGAGCGGACAUCUCAAGCUUUUG